AUGCUGAGUGACGUUCCUGCUAGAGAAGUUGAAGGCGAAGAAGUUGGCACUUUUGCUCUUACGAGGGACUAUUUUGCAACUGACCUCAUGUGGGCUGCUUACAAAGGUAAUGCGGAGGAAGUGGAAAGGAUUAUUGAUGAUCAACCUACUCAGCUUGGACCGAAUAAGGGGAGUGUCAAGAUAGGCCGCUGGGUCAUACGUGAUGGAACAGCUCUAAUGAUAGCUGCAGUGCGUGGGCACGAAAGAGUGGUAGAGCUACUUGUGAAGGAAGAAAACGGCGUGAGGGAUAGCAACCGCAAGACCGCCCUCAUGUUUGCAGCACAGAACGGCCACCUAGAAUGUAUUAAGCUACUCCUGGAGAAGGAGGGGCGCAUGAAGGAUAGCAAUGAUAAGACCGCCCUCAUGUUUGCAGCACAAAAUGGUUACACAGAGUGCGUUAAGCUACUCUUAGAAGAAGAAGGAUGCAUGCAGAAGAGUGGUGGAAUGACAGCCCUCAUGUUUGCGGCAGAGAAAGGCCACACAGAGUGUGCCAGACUGCUUCUAGAAAAGGAGGGGGGCAUGAGAGAUAGUAAUGGGUGGACUGCUCUCAUGUUUGCAGCAUACAAUGGCCACACAGGCUGUGUCAGAUUGCUCUGUGAGCGCAAAGGCGAGCGUGAUGCCUUAGGCUGGACAAACCUUAUCUACUCUGCAUACUUUGGGGACACCAAUGCAAUCAAGAGCAGUCUCCAUGAGAAGAGGCGUGCAGAUAUCACUGGGAUGACGGCACUCAUGUGGGCUGCACGUCAGGGCCACCAGGGAGCAGUGGAGAUCCUCUUCGAGCACGAGAAGGAGAUGAAGGAUAAGGACGGAAACACCGCCGUUAUGCAUGCCCUCAUGAACAAGCACACAGAUAUAGCUUUGCUUCUUCGCAAGCAUGAAGGUUCGUUUUGGACGCCCCUCAUGAACGCUGCUGCAGACGGAAACGUUGAGGCGGUCAAGAAGUACCUUUCGGACAAAGAUAAGAAGAACAAUGACGGCGAGACUGCGCUAAUCAUAGCUGCAAGGGCAGGGCACAAGAACAUAGUGGAGCUCCUCGAUCCCACCGACGAGGAUGGAGUCACUGCCCUCAUGAGAGCUGCUGAUAGAAGCAACCUACCGGCCGUGCGGGCCCUCCUCCCCCUUCAGGGGGGACAGAAAGCGACGGGGGAUGUCAAGAUAGGCCGCUGGCCCAUCUGUAAGGGAACAGCACUGAUGAGGGCAGCAGCACGUGGUCAUGCAGGGGCAGCGAAGGUGCUUCUAGAGAAGGAGGAGGGUCUCAGGGAUAGUAGUGGAUGGACCGCCCUCAUGUUUGCAGCAUGGUAUGGCCACCCGGAGUGCGUCGAGUUGUUCCUAGAAAAGGAGGGAGGUCUGAGAGAUAAUAAUGGAUGGACCGCCCUUAUGUUUGCAGCACACAGCGGGCACACAGGCUGUGCCAGAUUGCUCCUAAAGAAAGAGGGGUGCAUGCAGAGGGGUGAUGGAAUGACAGCCCUCAUGUUUGCAGCAGAGAAAGGUCACCUAGAAUGUAUUAAGCUACUCCUGGAGAAGGAGGGAGGCAUGAGAGAUAGUGGCGGAUGGACCGCUCUUAUGUGUGCAGCAAAAUAUGGCCACUCAGACUGUGCUAGGCUACUCCUAGAGAGAGAAAAGGAUAUAAAAAAUAAUGAUAGAGAGACCGCCCUCGAUGUAGCCGAGAGAUAUGGUCAUCCAGACUGUGCCAGACUGCUCUGUAAGCGCACGAGUGAGCAUGAUGUCUCAUCCUGGACCCCACUCAUGCGCGCUGCUGCGGAUGGGGACGUCACAACAGUCAAGAAGUACCUUUCUGACAAGGACAAAAAGAAUAGCAAUGGAGACACUGCACUGAUCAUAGCAGCGAGGGCGGGGUGCAAGGACAUCGUGGAGCUCCUCGAUCCCACCGAUAAGGAUGGAGUCACAGCGCUCAUGAGAGCUGUCGACAGAAACGAUUUGACGACUGUGAAGGCACUUGCUCCCCUCCAGGGGAAACAGACAGCGACGGGGGAUGUCAAGAUAGGCCACUGGCUCACCUACAGGGAAACAGCACUGAUGAGGGCAGCAGAGAAAGGCUACCCAGAGUGCGUCGAGCUACUCCUAGAGAAGGAGGGGCGCAUGCAGAGGACUGACGGAUGGACCGCCCUCAUAGCUGCAGCAAAGGAAGGUCACAUAGAAUGUGUCAAGCUACUCUUAGAAAAGGAAGGGCGUAUGCAGGGGAGUGGUGGAAUGACGGCCCUUAUGUUUGCAGCACAGAACAAUAAGAUAGAGUGCGUCGAGCUGCUUUUAGAGAGGGAAGGGUGCAUGAAGGAUAGCAAUGGUAAGACUGCUCUCAUGUGGGCAGCAGGGAACGGCCAUCAGAAGUGUGUCGAGUUGCUCCUAGAGAAGGAGGGGGGAAUGCAAGGGAGUGGUGGACUAACAGCCCUUAUGUUUGCAGCACAGAAUGGCCACACAGAGUGUGCCAGGCUGCUCCUGGAAGAGGAGGGAGACAUGAGGGAUAAUGGUAAAAGGACUGCCCUUGACAUAGCCAGGCAGUUGGGUCAAAAGAAGAUAAUAGCCAUCCUCGAAGGGAAAGGAGGAACCUCAGGCAACUAG